UGGUCCUAUGCUUCCCAAAAAAAAGUCUUCUUGAGUUUUGAAAUUUUGCAAAGCAUAGUUUGAUGCUUUUUUAGAAGAGCAAUGAGUUAUUCUGCAGCCGGAGUUGGAAAGCCUGGCUCAGGUAAAAGGAGAAUAAGGGUGCUUUUAACUCAAUCUGAUAACCGAUUCUGUGCUGAUUGUGGUGCCCCUGAUCCUAAGUGGGCGUCAGCAAAUAUCGGAGUAUUCAUAUGCUUAAAAUGUUGCGGUGUCCACAGAAGUCUUGGCACUCAUAUCUCAAAGGUCUUAUCUGUGACAUUAGAUGAAUGGUCAGAUGAAGAAGUCGAUUCAAUGAUUGAAAUAGGAGGAAAUGCCUCUGCUAAUUCAAUCUACGAGGCAUUUAUACCUGAUGGUUGCUCUAAGCCUGGACCUGAUGCUACUCAUGACCAACGUAUGAGGUUUAUCAGGUCAAAAUAUGAGCUCCAAGAGUUUCUGAAACCAAGCUUGCGGAUCACAUCAGUGAAGGCCCCUAGUACAAAGAGUUCAUCAUCAUAUCUUUCAUCAAGUCUAUCUAAAAAGUUUAUAGAUAGCUUUCGUACAACCUCAUCAUCACAACAGCCGCAACUUGAAGGCAUGGUUGAGUUUAUUGGAUUGUUGAAGGUUACUCUUAAAAACGGUACCAAUUUAGCUGUCCGUGAUAUGAUGACAAGUGAUCCCUAUGUUAAGUUGACUCUAGGACAACAGACUGCACAAUCAAGUGUAAAGAAAAGCAACUUAAACCCUGUCUGGAAUGAGGAACUCAUGCUAUCUGUCCCUCAUGACUAUGGCUCAGUGAAGUUGAUUUUCUGCUGAUGACAUAAUGGGAGAAGCUGAGAUUGAUAUACAACCACUGAUUACGUCUGCAAUGGCUUUUGGAGACCCUGAAAUGUUUGGAGAUAUGCAGAUUGGUAAAUGGCUGAAAUCGCAUGACAAUGCUCUUAUAGAGGACAGCAUUAUCAACAUAGCAGAUGGGAAAGUGAGACAAGAGGUUCACAUCAAGCUUCAGAAUGUUGAGUCUGGUGAAUUAGAACUAGAAGUGGAGUGGCUGUCUCUUGAGUCUUGACCAAUAGUAUAACAAACUGCUCAUUGAAUAUAUAUGAAAAAAAUGUUAUUAUUAUUGUGUUCUUGUUUGAGAAAAUUGGGAACUUCAAUCUUGAAAACUCUCUUUGGUGUUGUGUUGUAA